AUCCACAGCCCGAAAACGGGGGACCCACAACGUUAGCCUUUCUGAUUACGCGCCAUUCACAUGCUCACAACUCCUCCAGUUCCCAUGGCUUCCGUCAUCAUCCCUCCGUCGCUAUCCGCCGCCAUCACUCGCCGGAAUCUCCUCCUGACCACCACUAUCUCAGCUGCAUCUCCGUUGCAACAAUCUAUCUCUCCUCCGCCUGACACCACCAUCACCGACCGCGUCUUCCUCGACUUCUCCGUCUGCCCCACCUACUUCCGCUCGGAAUCCUCCUCCACCAUCACCGCCGCAUCUCAGCCAUGCUCCGAUUCCUUUCUCUUAGGCCGCGUCGUUCUCGGAUUGUACGGACGCCAUGUCCCGAUCACAGUCUCCACCUUCAAGCUCAUGUGCACUUCCUCUGCUUCGUCGUACAGGAACACACCGGUUAACAAGAUCUUUCCCGGUCGGUAUUUUCUUGCCGGAAGACAAGGAAGUGGCCGGAGAGAUAAGGCGGAGGUGGUUCCCGAUCUGCCUCGCAACACCGAGGUCGUCGAUUCUAGGGCUUUUCUUCUCCCUCACGCUCGUCCCGGUGUCGUCUCGCUUUGCUUGUCCGAGAACGACGACGACGAUGAUACCAGACUAGAUCCUGAAUACAGGAACGUCGAAUUCUUGAUCACUACAGGUCCUGGACCUUGCCCGCAGCUCGACGGCGCGAACAUCGUGUUCGGGACCGUGCUCGAAGGAUUGGAUGUGGUGACGAGCAUUGCUUCGAUCCCCACGUACACGCCAUCCGAGAGGAUUCGACAAUUCAACGAUCUAGCUGAGUUUCUCGGAGACGAACGAGCGCAGAACGCACGGUCGCUUUGGAACAGACCUCUGAAGACUGUAUAUAUCAGCGAUUGCGGCGAACUCAAGGUGACAAAUCCUUCACUUUCUCCAACCUUACCUUAAGAACAAUCACAGGAUAUAUGCUGUGUCUCUCUCCUGCAUCUCUACUCGAAGAACGCUGAAUCCGAAAUUGUAUUAUACUGAGAAAGACAAAACCUUUAUGAACAAAGCAUUUUCCAUUUGUGUGAAA